CACGCGCGCCUCCCGGGUCGCCCCUUCCCAAGUCCUGGGCCCCUCCCGCCAACGGUCACCGGGGGUCCUGGCGGAACCAAGGGUUUGGGGGAAGCGGAGAGGGGUCUGCGGGCAGACAGGCGGGAACGCUGGAGGUGGAGGAACCCCUGCGAGCAGACACAGCGGAAGGGAGAUGGGACAAGACUUGGCGAGCCUGCAGAGGUGGGGUCGGGUGGGGUUUCAAGAGCAGGGAGUCUGCAGAACAGGAAGUCCCGCCACAAAUCCCCCCAACCCUCCAAGAAAGCAGCAGCAGGAAUGGGUAUUGGAAGGCUCGAGUCCCUGUAAGAGCCAGAGCAGGGACUGGGAGAGGAGUUCCAAGAGGCCGGGAGAGGUUGCGGGGGCAGCAUGGAACAGCGGGAAGGGGCUGGGCCAGAGGAGCCCCAGCAGAGGCAGGCUGGACGCUGCCCAGAAUGAAGGCAAGCAGGGAGAAGUGCAGUCUUUCUUCGCAGCCUCACGGCUUCCAGCUCCGGCCUCAGAAUUCCCAGCCUCCCCGCAGCCACAUCUUGCGCCACCUCUCGGGGUCUUGCGGGCGUGCAGAUUGGGCAUCCCCCAGGGACCUGGGAGCCCUGAACUUGCUCUCCACAGUCCAGUGCCUUGGCCCCACCCCGCACUGGAGCUGCCUCACAGAGGCUACCUCAGGGGAGGGAGGAGCCUCAGCCCAGAGCCACACGGCAAGGCUGGUACUGACACCAGGCCCAAGAAGAAACCUCUUGGAUGUGGAAACCGGGCUUUGGUGACAGCAUUCAAUCUGCAGCCAGACAGGUUUUUAUUUAAAAUUUAUUGUAAUGGGGUCCGCGCAAAAGGAGGGGGUGAAGGUUGGGGAACAUGCAGGGGACACAGGAACACGAUGACAUGGCCAGGGCCACGGCUUCUGUCGUGGGGAAGAGGGAUGAAAAGAAAAGGCCAGGGCUGGAGCUGGGGUGGAAGAGGGAAAGGGGGAGACACUGCGGCUGCAUUCCCCCCACUCCCAGGAAGCACCUCUAUCCCUGGAUCCCCCCCCAUUUACCCUGGCCCCGUAAGAUUCCAUCUCUUGUCCUGCCUCUGGCCCUAAUGGCUCCUUCUUUUGCUCCCCUUGUCCUUUCCCCUGACAGUCUCAAGUAGGAGGAUGUUUGGGGCCUGACCCCAAACCACCUCAUCUCACGAAGGUACAACCUUUGCUUUCCCUGCGUCUGCCCCUUCUCAAGUCUUGUGUUCUCCCCUCUCUGGGACAGAAUCUUCACCUUCCCCUCCUUCCUCUCCUCCCUCCCCCUGAAAAAAAUAAAAAUAAAAAAAAGCACCAACUCCCCAGGGAGGGGCAGCAGACAGUAGGAGGGAACUGGGAGGAGAGCAAGAAGGACCAUCAAGGGAAAAGGCUCACAAUCCCCAGAAGGGCAGGGCAGAGGAUUACAGAGAGGAGAGGGGGGGGGAGGGCAGUGGCCGCUCCUGUCCUCUGCCACCCCUGCCCACUGUCCAGGGGGCAUAACACAACCAACGGGACAGGUGUAUGUGGGGUCAGGUCUGAUGGGAAGAAGAGAGGAGCAGGAGAAACAAAAUUUUAAAACCUAGCGAAUUCCCCUAAGAAAACAUUUCUUCCUCCUUUCCUUCUGGAGGCUCCUUGGUUGGUGGGGCAAGUAGUGAGGAGUUGGUGGGACAGAGAAGGGAAGAGGAGAUGCAACCAAGGGCGUUCCUCCAUUCUCCCCUCUGCCCUCCACCAACUUGGAGCUCACCAGGGCUGGGAGGGAAGUGGCUGAGAGCUCACGGGCACCCCCUCAGCCCCAGAGAGGGAGCCCACAGCUGUGGGAGGCGCUGCC